AUGGCCCCCGAAGAAAGUCUAAAUACGCUGUACAAAUUACUGAGUGUGCUCGCCGCAGGCGAUGGCUACGCCCGCAGCGAGACCAUCGGCGCAUUUUUCCUCCAGCGGGCAUCCGAUGCACGUCGGGUGUACGCCAAGGUCGUCAAUGUCAAGGUCAACACGGACGGGUACAAAGCUGAAGGGCUCACUUAUCCUUCGGGAAACGUGCAGCAAGAGCUGCUCUUCGACAUCUACGGCGAGAGCGGAGUCGAUCCACUGAAGGUUGCGUACGUUGAAGCCCAUGGCACUGGAACCAAGGUGGGCGAUGUGGAGGAGUUGGGUGCCAUCAGUUCAGUAUUCUGCGGACCGGGACGCCGAAAGCCGCUGAUGAUUGGCUCUGUCAAAAGCAACAUGGGACACCCUGAAAGCGCCUCUGGUGUGUCCUCCGUGGCAAAGGUUAUACUGACCUUCGAGACAAGCAUGAUCGCCGCCAACCUGCACUUCAAGGAGCCCAAUCCGAUGAUACCCCGCCUUCAAGACGGAAGCAUGCGCGUCGUUGACAAGCACAUGCGCUUCCCGAGUGGCCCCGUAGGCAUCAAUUCGUUCGGCUUCGGAGGCGCCAACGUUCACGCGAUCCUUGAGGCCGGACCCGAAGUGCACGUGGACAACCUUACCCGUGAGAAACCUCAACUGCCUAGGCUUAUUCUUUUUGCCGGAAGGACUGAGCGAUCCCUCGCGGCAACCCUGGACCGGAUGGAAGCUGAUGGACCAUACCCGGAUUCCGCGUACGCUCUCCUCAAUCGGGUUGGUCAGCCCAGUGUCAACAGGUUCCCGUGGCGUGGCUUUGCGAUGAUUCCCGUUCAUCAGCCAGAGAAGGCGGUCGUAAAGGUCGUCAAGCAGGCUCCCAUCCAGAAGAGGCCCCUAUGGUUCGUCUUCGCCGGCAUGGGCUGCCAGUGGAACGGCAUGGCGCGGCAGAUGAUGCACUUCGACGCGUUUGCUCGUUCUAUACAGAAGUCACACGAGCUUCUCCAGCCAUUCGGCGUCCACCUGCUCGACAUUCUGACCACCGAAGGCCCUUGCAAUGACAAUGUCGUUUCAACUCUGGUGUCCAUAGUUGCAAUUCAGGUAGCCCUCGUCGACAUGCUGCACGCAGUGGGCGUCCGCCCAGACGGCAUCGUUGGUCAUUCGACUGGGGAGAUGGCUUGCGCCUACGCUGAUGGCUGCCUGACAGCCGAGCAAACCGUACUGUGCGCUUACUGGCGUGGUCGCUGCAUCGAGCAGGGAAAACUACCGAAAGGAGCCAUGGCCGCUGUCGGGCUUAGCUGGGAAGAAGCUGCGCACCGCUGUCCCGAUGACGUGUACCCUGCAUGUCACAACGCCGACGACUCCGUGACCAUAUCCGGCCCCGCAGAAGCAGUGGCCAAGGUAGUUGCUCAGCUGACAUCUCAGAACAUCUUCGCUCGAGAAGUGGGAAGUCUAGGCGUCCCCUUUCACUGCAAGCACGUCCACAGCGUCGCACCAGCGCUUCGUAAUGCCCUUGGCAAGGUGAUUCCGGAACCUAAGCGGCGUAGCGAGCGCUGGAUCAGCUCGUCUGUGCCAGAAAGCCGCUGGUGUGAACCGUUUGGGCAGUUUUGCUCGGCCGAGUACCAGACCAACAACUUCCUCUCACCCGUGAUCUUUCGAGAGGCUCUCCAGCACGUGCCACGUGAUGCCAUUCUGGUAGAGAUUGCACCCCACUGUCUCCUGCAGGCCAUCCUACGUCGCGUCGUGAGCCCCGACGCCACCUGUUUGGGCCUGAUGAAGCGCAACGCGGACAACGUGGAGUACUUCUUAGGCUCGCUGGGCAAACUUCACACUCUGGGGUUCCAGCUGAACUUGUCUCCCCUCUAUCCAUCGGUUCCGUGGCCCGUGCCACGCGGCACCCCCAGCAUAGCACAUCUCGUCAGUUGGGACCACUCACAACAAUGGAGGGUUGUCAACUGGAAGGAUUCUGCGUCACAUACGAUGGCUGAGGACAUCGUGGAAAUUGACUUGGAGGCCAACGAGACAGACAAGUACUUAAGCGGGCAGCAGACAGAUGGUCGUGUGCUCUUCCCAGCGGCAGGAUACUUGAUGCUAAUCUGGAAGUCAUUGGCAAAGAGAAUCGGAAAGCCAUUGGAUCAGCUUCCAGUGCUUUUCGAGGACGUUUCCAUCCAUCGGGCCACCAUAUUGCCCGAAAGCGGCACCGUGCGUUUCCUGGUGAACGUGAUGCGACUGACAGGCGAUUUCGAAGUCGGCGAAGCAGGCACAGUGGUGGCUACCGGCCGUGUGCGCGAGGCUGAGGAAGGUGAGAAGCUUCUUGACCAGGACCCGCCGUGUGAGCCAGAUGACACGGUCGUCUACGAGCUGGACGCUGCUGACAUCUACAAAGAACUCAGGCUUCGUGGCUACGACUACCACGGAGCCUUCCAGGGUAUUCUCAAGGCAGACAUGAAAAUGCACUUCGGGAAACUGAGGUGGGAGAAUAACUGGGUCACAUUCGUGGACACCAUGCUCCAGUUCUGCGCCCUUGCCUCACCACUGCGCACCUUCCUGUUGCCCGUGAGAAUUCAGUCGUGCGCCAUAGACCCAAAGGCUCACGGAAAGAUGGUGGCAUCCACGACUGUUGAAGGACUGGACGUCGCCUACGACAGCUACCGUAACACAUGCCGCUCCGGUGGCAUCGUCGUGAAAGGUAUCAAGGGCAGCAUAGCACAGCGGCGUUCGGUACAGCAGACACCAUGUCUGGAGGAGUACCGCUUCGUGCCGUACAAAGACAACGAUUCUGCAAAGGAGCAGCGAUAUCGCUAUCUGCGAGAGUACGUUGAAGUGUGCUCUGGAAUUGUUCGCCGUAUGCUGCAGUCUAACAGCAAAAACAGCACCCUUAUGCUCGAAUCCGAAGACGCUUACCCCGAUCUACACGAAAAUGUGUCAAGCAGAUCUCUCAACGGUGUCGCUGUUAACCUCAGCCUACUGAAUGUCCUCCUCGCCGUCAGUAAGGCAGCCAACGACUCCACUUCACUGGAAUAUUGUGUCCGGUCAUCGCUGGAAGACCAGAGGCGAAGCCUAAAUAGAGACAUACUGAACACAGCGUUGUUCGAAGAAGACCCUUUGAGGUGCCUGCUUGAUGUCGUCCUAGAGAAUGUGGACUCCAAAAAGGUUCGAGUUCUCGAACUAGCUGCCGGGAAAAAUCCGUUGCUCGUCGCUCCUUGGGUACUUCAGUGGUUAUCUCUACAGGACAUCCACCUUAAGAUCGAGUACACUGUGGCCCACCCUUCGCCAGAGAAUCUGACACCAGAAGAAGUGCCGGGAGGCAUCAACAUUAUUUCCUAUGACACGUCAUCUGCAUCACAGGAAGGCUUCCACGAGGCCGACUUGACAAUUUUGGCUCGAGGGGAAGUCGACACUAAGGAUGAUACAAAUGUUCUAGCCAAGCACUUGUCGUCACAGUGUAAGGAGCUGAGUUUCGUUCUGCUGUCACAGCGGAUAGCGUUCACCCCUGCCGAGAUGUUCCUCUCGGGCAUGGACGGCACUGUUUUCCGUGAACACUCUGACGAUGAGGCAAUAUCUGAAUUCAAAGCGCAUGGUUUGCUACUCGUCGGCUUCAAAUCGAACAACUUGUCUUCGCUGCUUCUGUUUCGGAAGUGUUCAGUGGUCGCAGACGUCAGCAAGCACGUCGUGGUAAGGGUGGAAAACAACACUGCAUUUGAAUGGGUCGACAUGCUCAAGGAAAACGCACAGCAGCAUGACGUCAAGCUAGCCGGAGAGAACCUAUGGAUGCUUGCUGAAAACGCCGGCACUAGCGGCAUCGUUGGUCUGACCAACUGCCUCCGGCAGGAGACCAGAGGACGCCGCACAAGAUGCGUGUUCGACGCAAGUCACAAUGGUAGAAACGAGGUCUCCGACUUUAGCCCCAGUAACCCGAGAUACGCGGACAUUUUUCAACGAGGCCUGGUGAUGAACGUCUACCGCGAUGGACAGUGGGGAUCAUUCCGGCACCUGUGUAUGACUUCCGGUGAGUUUCGUGGCGGCCCAAAGAAAACAACGUUCGCCUUCUUAGGCAUGCAUACACGGGGUGACCUGUCCAGCUUGCAGUGGUACGAAUCACCGCUGAAGUACGCCUGCUUCUCUGACAGGACGGCCAACGAUGGCACGCUCUGCGAUGUGUACUAUGCAUCGCUCAACAUCCGGGACGUCUUGCUGGCCACGGGAAAGAUCGUACCGGAGGCUAUCGCAGGCAAAUGGGCCUUUUCGGACUGCAUCAUAGGAAACGAGUUCUCAGGCCGGGACAGCCAGGGCCGCCGGGUUAUGGCCAUUGCGCCGAGCAGGGCCAUAGCCACCAUGGCCAUCACGGACCCGGACUUUGUGUGGGAGGUCCCUGACACUUGGAGCCUCGAGGAAGCCUGCACCGUUCCUUUGGUCUACUUGACUGCCUACUACGCGCUCAUAAUACGAGGCAACAUGCAGCCCGGGGAGUCCGUUCUGAUCCACUCUGGUAGCGGAGGCGUGGGACAGGCAUCCAUCGCCAUCGCCCUCUCUAUGGGUUGCACUGUCUUCACCACCGUCGGUUCUGCGUCGAAGCGAGAGUUUCUCAGAUGUCGCUUCCCGGAGCUCGAAAAUCGACACUUCGCCAGCUCGCGUGACACCUCCUUCGAAGCGCACAUACUCAGCGAGACCAAGGGCAGGGGAGUUGACCUCGUCCUCAACUCUCUGACCGAAGACAAGCUGCAGGCGAGCGUACGUUGCCUGGCAGAUGACGGCCGCUUCCUGGAGAUCGAAAAGUUCGACUCGUCCAAGAACUCAUCCUUGGGAAUGUUAGUGUUUUGUCGGAAUGUCACUUUCCAUGGCAUAAUGAUGGACAAAAUGCUGGUCGACCAUAGCUACUCGACCGCUGAUAAGCGUCGUCUCUUCGCAAUGGUUUGCGACGGCAUCGCUUCCGGUGUCGUUCGGCCUCUGGACGCCAUUUUGUUCACGCGAAACAAAGCCGAGGAAGCCUUCCGAUUCAUGGCCUCCGGGAAACACAUUGGAAAAGUUGUGAUACAGAUGCGACCGGAAGAGUCCCACCGCCAUGCCGCCCCAGCUGUACCUCUCGCUGUAGAGGCCAUAGCGCGCCCCUGCUUCUACGGGCACAAAUCGUACGUGAUCGCCGGAGGCCUGGGUGGCUUCGGUCUGGAGCUCGCCGACUGGAUGGUGACCCGCGGAUGCCGCAAGCUGCUGCUAACCUCUCGAUCAGGGUUGAAGACCGGUUACCAGAAGCUAUGCCUGCAUCGUUGGCGUGCCGUUGGCGUCCAGGUGCUGGCCCGAAGUUCAGACGUCGCGUCCGAAGAAGGAGCUCGCACGGUCAUCGAAGAAGCUGCCUCUAUGGGACCCGUAGGCGGGAUCUUCAACCUCGCGAUGGUUCUUCGCGACGCCCUCGUAGAAAACCAGACGGUGGAGACAUUCGAAGCAGCGUGCAAGCCCAAGGUAGCCGGCACGCAGCUCCUUGACCAGUUGUCGAGACAGCUGUGUCCGCAUCUCGACCACUUCGUUGUCUUCUCGUCCACGUCGUGCGGGCGCGGCAACGCAGGCCAGACAAACUACGGCUACGCCAACUCUGUCAUGGAGCGAAUCUGCGAGCGCCGCGUCGCUGACGGGCUUCCCGGCUUGGCCAUUCAGUGGGGUACCGUUGGCGACGUCGGACUGAUCGGCGAGUCCAUGGGGCAACAGACGUUUCUGCUUGGCCUCGCGCCGCAGAAAAUUAGGUCUUGCAUCGCAGUCAUGGACCAGUUUCUGAGCCAGGGACACCCCGUGGUCUCUAGCUAUGUAAAGGCCGAUCAGUCCCCGAAGCUUGACGACGACAAAAAACAGGACCUCAUUCAAUCUGUGGCUCAUAUACUUGGCGUCAAGGAAACGUCCAGACUGAAUCCGGACAUCAGCCUUGGCGAGCUGGGCAUCGACUCCCUUAUGAGCGUCGAGGUGAAGCAGACCUUGGAGCGGGACUACGACAUUACCUUGUCCAUACGAGAGAUUCGGCAACUAACCAUCGCCCGGAUUCGACAUAUUGGUGAAGGUCGCAGAGACGCCUCAUCCUCGAAUAACAAAACUAGUCCAGCAGAUGGAACAUAA